AUGGAAACACUUCUCAUGAAAUUUGUGGAAAGAGUGCUUUAUGUUUGGGACUCCUCUGAUAUAAAAGAAUUCGUUAUUGAUUUCGAUGUGAAAUGUGAUGCAUCUCGUGUCAAGUCAUGGAUCACUGCUGCAGUAAGGCGUAAUGUUCAAAUUUUGAGUCUCUGCCUUUGGGACUCGAGAGAAAAUUUUUCAUUGCCUCAUUGUGUGUUUUCUUGUGAGACACUGAGAAUCCUUAACCUUGAUAUACCGUGUAUCCUCAAAAUUCCUCCUAUAAUCUGUUUCUCAAAUCUAAAUAUAGUGAAUAUCACAGAUGUUACAUUUCCGGAUGGUUACACAACCCAGCAGCUUUUUCUGAACCCGACUGAUUCUGAUUGUUGUCAGGUCACAAUUUUUGGAGCUAGUCUCAAUGAAUUUUUAUACGCUGGUGAAUUCUGCGAUGAAUAUUGGUUAUAUAACUCAUUCUCACUCGAAAGGGUAGAAAUUGAUGUUAGUUACUCUGAUGAGAGAGCAAGACAAGUUGCUUACCGCAUGUUUAAGGUUCUUACAGAGCUCCCUAAUGUAAAAGACCUAAAACUACAAGGUUCUGGUGUUGAGGUUCUCACAUAUGCAGCAGAACUCCUACCUAAUAUGCCUAUUUUCAAUAACCUGAUGUAUUUGGAACUGGCGUCAUUAAGUCUAGAUUGUGCAGCAAUCAAUUGUGAGAACGAUGAUAUAAUACUGGAUCCAGUGCCUCCAUGUUUCUUUUCAGACCUCGAGACCAUUGAAGUAAUUAGAUCUUCUGGAGAUAAGGAAGAGCUUUCUGUGUUAAAGAUUUUGCUAAAAAAUGCAGUGGCCUAUAGCCUUUUUAUUGAUGUUCCAGUAUCUGACAGAGUAUUUGGUGUAUCAAGGUGA